GCAAAAGACAUUCUUAAGACUUCGAUGUUAAGCAAAGCACUCGACUUUCGAACACCGUAUUAAACCAGUCUCUCCGAUUUGCCACACUCCCAACGGCGAAAAGGAAAUGGCUCUAGAGAUGCGGCAGAGGCGGCCCCUCACCUCCGACACUCCGCCGUCCACGGCGGCUUCUUCUUCCUACUCUAAGUCCGUUAAGCCAGGCCGAUCGAGCACCACUGAAGACGAUGGCAAAGGAAUCGGGUGGUUCUUCCCACUUUUUGCUCUGGGGCUUCUCAGGUACAUGAGUGCCACAUCUAACAUCAUUCACGACUGCGACGAGGUUUUCAAUUAUUGGGAGCCCCUCCAUUUCCUUCUCUACAAAUCUGGCUUCCAAACUUGGGAAUACAGUUCUGAGUUUGCGCUUCGGUCAUAUUUAUACAUUGUUCUCCAUGAACUAGUGGGCAGACCAGCUGCGUGGCUGUUUUCUGAGGAUAAAGUGAGAGUAUUCUUUGCUGUAAGACUUUUCCUUGGUCUUCUAUCUGUUAUUUCAGAAACAGUUCUUGUUGUGGCACUCUCUAAGAAGUAUGGGAAGCGCCUUGCCACUUAUACUCUUGCAAUGUUAUGCUUGACCAGUGGUUGUUUCUUUGCUAGCACUAGUUUCUUGCCUAGUUCCUUCUCCAUGUAUGCUGUUUCUUUGUCAUCUGGGUUAUUUCUACUUGAGAAACCUGCUCCAGCAGUUGCUGUCGCUGCUGCUGGUGUAAUUCUUGGCUGGCCGUUUUCGAUCUUGGUUUUUCUUCCAGUCACACUUUAUGCUUUACGCAGCAAAUUCAAAGAGGCGUUUCUUGCAGGGGCUCUAACAUCCAUAAUUCUCCUUGCCUUCUCGCUGCUUGUUGACUACUACUACUAUAAAAGGUGGACAUCAUCUGUGCUAAAUUUGCUGAUAUAUAACGUCUUGGGCGGUGGUGAAAGCCACUUGUAUGGAACCGAAGGACCAUUGUUCUAUCUCAGAAAUGGAUUUAACAACUUCAAUGUUUGUUUCGUUCUUGCAUUGCUCUUUCUGGGAAUUUUACCAAUUUCAAGGAAAAAGUAUGUGCCGGACUUGCUUGUGGUCAUCUCACCUAUUUAUAUUUGGCUUGGAUUCAUGACAUUGCAGCCACACAAGGAGGAAAGAUUCCUUUAUCCAAUAUAUCCUCUUAUUUGUGUUGCUGCUUCAGCCGUCAUCGAGUGCUUUCCAGAUUUUUUCAGAGAUAAAUACAAUCCACAUGAUAAUUCUGUACUCGUCGUGAUAGCAAAAGUUCUUAGACCCCUUGCUCUUGGCCUUAUCCUUUGUGCAUCCCAUGCUCGUACAUUUUCAUUGAUUAAUGGUUACUCUGCUCCGCUGGAGGUUUACAAGGUCUUGGCUCACCACGAGGAUAUAAGACCAGGUUCCACAAUUUGUGUUGGGAGCGAGUGGCAUCGUUUUCCAUCAUCAUUUUUCAUUCCUGAUUACGUGCAAGAAGUAAGAUGGAUCGACGAUGGGUUCCGAGGUCUUCUUCCUUUCCCGUUUAAUUCUACCUUGGGAGGGACUGCAGCUGCUCCACCAUACUUUAACAACAAGAACAAGGCAUCAGAUAAGCAAUAUCUCCGAGAUCUCGAUGAAUGCACCUUCCUUGUCGAGCUUCAACUCGAUAGACCGUAUGCUUCUCGUGGAAGUGACACAUUGAAGUGGGAGGCUAUUGCAGCAUGGCCUUACCUGGACAGGGAGUUCUCACCGCCAUUUUAUCGGUCAUUUUUCAUUCCCUACUUCUGGCAGACUAAAAAUGCUUUUGGAAUGUACAAGCUGCUUAGGAGAAUAACAAAGUAAUUCUCCAUAUCUUACGAUGUCUCCAACGUUCGUCAAGCAGGCUAGAAACUUAGCUUAUAAGAGAGUUUGCCAAGAAUUUUCCCUUGUGAUCUUCAUGCCUGCCAUGCCACCAAAAUUCAGAAAAAAAAUCUUUCAGAUCCGAGGGUGGUAAUUUAUUCGGUAGAACUUUCUCUUUGUUGAUCUUUUAGCGUUAUGUGGGUAGAAAUUCGAACAUCUAAUUUGUUUGGAUGUGUAAUAUCUCAUAUAGUUGAACUAUACUUAGAUUAGUUGAUCUUGAAUCAUUCCGUUAUGGACUACCGUACUCUCA